GUAUCUCUCGCUCCCAGCUCGGGUUUGACCUACAGCCGCCCGGGAGAAGAUGGCCGCCCCCGCUGUGUCCGGGCUUUGCCGGCAGAUGCGAUGCUUCAGUAUCUCUGCGGUCAGGCCGUUUUCCAAGCUUGUGAGGCCACCUGUUCAGGUGUACGGUGUCGAAGGUCGCUAUGCAACGGCUCUUUAUUCUGCUGCAUCUAAACAGAAUAAGCUGGAGCAGGUAGAAAAGGAGUUACUGAGAGUGGCUCAACUCUUGAAGGAACCGAAGAUGGCUGCUUCCAUUCUGAAUCCCCAUGUGAAGCGAUCCAUUAAAGUGAAGAGUCUGAAUGACAUGACAGCAAAAGAGAAGUUUUCUCCCCUCACGGCCAACCUGAUUAAUUUGCUUGCUGAAAACGGCCGUUUGAACAACACCCCUGCCAUCAUCUCUGCCUUUUCUACCAUGAUGAGUGUCCACCGUGGAGAAGUGCCCUGCACGGUGACCACCGCAUCUCCUUUAGAUGAAGCCACUCUUACUGAAUUAAAAACCGUCCUGAAGAGCUUCCUAAGUAAAAACCAAGUGUUGAAGUUGGAAGUGAAGACUGACCCAUCCAUCAUGGGUGGAAUGAUUGUCCGCAUUGGAGAAAAGUAUGUGGAUAUGUCGGCAAAAACCAAGAUUCAGAAGCUGAGCAAGGUGAUGCGGGAGACCGUCUGAAAGUGCCGCUCUGUCUCCGUGAAAUUCUAAACUUGGAGCAACAAUAAAGCGCUUCCUGAACAGAACACACCGUGUGUGCUCUCUUGAAGAAACCCAGGAAGCCUUACUUUUAUAUCUUCCAGUGUUCUCCUACUUUCAAGGUCAAAAAGCAAAGCACUUUUGUCGUUCGUGUAGAUUAUUCUGAGGAAUCUGGAAGCUUGUGUCCAUUAGGAAAAAUAGUUAACAUCACUGAGGCCUCGUUUCAUGCCGGGCUGGUUUAUCAUCU